AUGGAAUCAUGGCGGGAACGAGGGUAUGUGCCAGACUCGGACGAGGAGGAUGGGCUGGACAGUCAGGAAAAGUUGAGUGGGGAGGACGAGAAGAAGAAGGUGGUGGAUGGGUCGCAGCAAUGGGGGUCGGGGAAAGUCGUUGCUCCUGCUACGGCUGCGAGUGGGAGUGGACAAGGGCUACAAAGUGAAGAUGAAGGGGAUGAGGAAUCGCAGGACGAGCUUGUGGAAGAUGGAGACGAUUUGAAUGGGUCUCGACAGGAUACAUCCGCCCAGAUCAGUGACGGACCGGCUGGGAAUAAAGGGGAGGACCAGGAUGAAAGCGAGCGCCGCGAACCGGCUUCAUCUCCUAGCUUGCCUGCCGGCGACGCCAGUCCACCUUCGACUCCGCGAGCCAAGCAACCGGCGAGCGAUGAAUGGGAUGUUCCUGAUUCUUCGCCUGAUGAACUGCAGACGGAAGUUCUUACCACUCGGAAAUCCAACCCCAUUUCUCUCCCCCCUAGGCCUGGUCGUGCGCCUAGACCUGCGCCUAGCAGACACUCACCCGAACGAACACCUACCCCUGCACCUACAGAACACGCACAGCAGGCCAACGAAAACGAGGGAGUUGAAGAUUCUCCUCUAUCCUCUGCGCCAUCAUCUCUCCAUUUGGUACGCCUGGAUGAUGAAAAUGAACAGAAUAAGCCGGAAAGCCAGCAUGAGGACAACCUGGAGGAAAUUCGACCGGAAGACAACUUGGAAAAUCUACUCCCUCACCUUGAGAUUCCGGAUGAUGUGCUCCAACAGCUAUCCCAACCAGCACGAAGGUCGUUAAGAGAACGCAAUCCCAUUCAGUUACACCCGUAUCUUCUCGAGGACGCCAAAUAUCAACGCCUUAUGAAGGCAGGAGGCAUCAAGCCGGUGCGCAUAGCUCAAAUCCAACAAGCACUACGUGAACAGGCUGCUGCGAAUGAGGAGAGUCAAGGCCAAGAUUUCGCCAAUGCUGAACCCCCGUCAAGCAGCCCGGCUGGUGAUUUUGAAUUCCCAUCUUCUCCUGCAGAGCCUCGGAUCUCUGAAAGACGAACACGUCAAAGCACCCCGGAGUAUGGCCGUCAGCACGAGUUUCAGUUCCCAGGCUAUUUGCCGAGAGUUCCUCGCUCAGCGAAGCGGCGAAAGGUAUCACAUCCGAAUAGGACCCACCAUCGCCAAAGGGAACAGCCGUCACAUGCUAGUUUCAGCAUAGAUAACAGUGUCACCAAUCGAGGCGACUCAGCUUUUGAUAUCCCGCUUAGCCCACCACGAUCGGGGAGCAUCUCUUCAGCGCACACCGUGCAAGCCCAGUCUGGUUUCCGGUUCCCCCCAGGGUUUACGUCGCCUGCGUUGAACACGCCGGUUACAGAACCGAGAACCAACAGAAGAGAUAUUGGCGAUGGAAGCGCCAUGGACAUGUCUGGCCCCAAUGCUGACGUCCAGUCGGUUAGUGUGGGAUCAGCCUCUUCUUACAGUCAACCAUACUCAGAUGUUGAAGAUAACCAAGAGGACCAGGAACGCGCUGUCAGAGCUUUGCAGCGUAAGAUAAAAGGUGUUCUUCCGGCAUCAUGGCUUCGACUUGAUAAAGAAAAACAGAAGGAUAAAAUUAGCUCGACCCAAAGGAAUCGUGAUAGGGCUGCUUCCCACAGACCAGAGAAUGCGAAAGGCGUUGCGAAGAAGAUCAUGAGAAAGACUGACUCGGGGACCACACCAAAUGCAAGAGCGCAGUUAACAUCUUUGAGUCAUCUCGCUGAUGACGAUAACGAUGAAAGUGAUGAUAGCGACAGUGGCAGACCCCCGAUCGAGCAGGAUCCGCAAUUAACGCUGGCGGAUGUGGUCGGUUUCGAAGAUCCAUCCUUUGAUCAAGAUUUGGGCGAUGGCAUCCCAGAGGACAAUCGUAUUGACGACAUGUUUCUGCCAAUCCGUCGAGACCCUUCAUCUUCCAGCAGAACGCAAGGUGCGAAGCGUCACAGGUCCACAAAGAACGCUAUGCACACUGGGAACGAGAGGAAACGGCCUCGUCUUAAACAGCAAACCAGGCUUACCGAUCUAGCUUUUGAAGGCCGGAAAACGAAGCAAUUUUCUUCUAGGGCUCCCAGGGUUUCCAAGUCUUCCAGGGCCCCGAGAGUCCCCAGAUUGGGUAUAUUGGAUGUCCCAGACGUGGUCGAACGGCCUAGACAGGAACAACCAGCCUUCCUUCGUAUUGCAGCGCGGCAGGCGCGUUCACGCCGUGAUAGAGGGAGACAAAGUCCGACUAGAAAGUUCUUUGACUUAGGUUCGCGGAACGAUACGGAAGACGCUAAUGUGUCUUUGCAUAGCUGGCGACGAGGGAAGCUCCGUCAGACUCGGUUAGAACCACUGCGCAGACCUCAAGUAAGACAGCCUUUAAUGGAUCUUUCUACUAAUGGGCGGGAUUUACGACAUAGCUCCGAGGGUCACAAUAUCCAAGAGGCCAGGGCAAAUAGUGUCCACAUAACAGGAGCGGCCGUCCAGCCUGAGUAUAGUAUUGUACCAGAACACGUUGCGGGAUCGGAUGUCCCUGCACCUGUGGCAGCAACGUCGAAAAGAAACAUCACGUCGAGAAGGCCUGGGUUACCUGAAGUACAAGGCAACAAAUGGAUCGUCCGUCGGAAUCUUGCUAUCACGUCCUUAAAGCGAAACACCCCAAGGCCAGCGGGGUUGGAAGCGGAAAAUCUCAGCAGCAACAUGUCGUCUUCAUCGUUUCAACGAUCAUUGUCAAUCCUCAAUCAAGAUUAUUGGCAUAGGCGCGCACAUCAAUCACAGAGGCCGAGUCUAACACUGGAUCGAUUUCUUUCUGAUAGUGUCGCAUCAGCUACUCCACGUUCCGUUCAGAAAGCAGCAAUUCCGUCUGAACGAUCAUCCAUAUUGAAUGAUGUUCCACUGAAUGCCCAACCUGAACCAAAACGCCGUCAGCUAAAGAAGCGUCCUCCGCAGAGGCUAAACCUUGACAUGAUUGAGCGCCAGCAGCCACCAACGAUCCUGUUCCCUGAUCCGGUCCCUUCUGUGAUAGACGCAGGUCCCGGUGACACACAGCCUACCCACGGAGCAUCUGGAGGUUUAUCUGGAUUCCAGCGCAUGUACACAAUUGAUUUUGAUGUCGCGCCUUUGUAUCCCGGGACGUUCUUCCAUGAGUCUACAUUCGUGGGGAGUGGUGAGUUUGCUCGUUCUCUUGAGCUGGGCUCGCGCGAUAUGGAUAAUGAUACUGGUCUUUUCCACAUGACAAUUGGGAGCCGGAAUUUCCGCUGGGGCGCUUGGAAUGAUACCGUAUCCUCGGAACUUGGGGCCGCUUUUGAGAAACUCUUUGAACGAAUCGAAACAGAUAAUGCAGCCAGCCCGGAGCCACAUUCGGAGAGCUCGUAUCAACAGUCCUACAGAACAUACAGGUCGAUCAUUAAAUACACCACCGAAAUCUUGUCAUUCAUCGAUCCAAUUGACAGGUCAGAGUUUGUAAGACGAGCUCAUGAUCUUGUUUCCAGUCUCAGCGAUCAUCUCGCGACCUUGACCUUGACCAAUCGCAGUACUAUCCACCACUUCACGAAGAUUGCUUCGUAUAAUGCAGUAUUCGCGAACCAGAUAUUUCAUAUUGCUCGCGAUGGCUUGGUCAAUAGUACUAUUGCAAGCGAGGCCAUAGAGCUUGUCAAAUUGGCUUCCAAACAGGUCGUUGCUUUUCUGUCGAGCCCGUUGGGUAUGGCAGAUAUUCGCAAAUGCCUCGAUGAGCAACGACUAUGUGAAAAUCGUGAAGUUGGUAUCCGUGAUGACCAUUCGGCUGUCGAAGCCUACGUUAUUGCGCGGCACGUGUUAGGGGGCUCUGAUUCGUUCAAGGGAUGCUUUGCAAGCUUUGCCGCGGAGGCUUACUUGCUGUCGGAUGCCAUGGAACUGACCAAUUCGAAGGACGUGGCAUCACUUGAGAAAGGAUGGCAUAGCCUCUUGACGACAUUGCCUUUCAACGAAAUCGACAAGUCUGGAAUCGUUCGAGUCGGGUCCCGAUUCAGACAAGCGUAUGACAAUUGGUCGGUUGUCAAGCAGCUUCUGCGCCCCGUUCUGGAUGACUACGAUCCUACUUUCAUGGCACAGCCUAUUUCGUAUAACAACUACUGUCGGGCUUUGUUCCACCGGUGCUUCCAUCUCAUUAACGCCUGGGGAUGGCGGGAUUGCAAACCAAUACUGGACACUCUUUACGACUUCUUCGCGAAGAACAUGCUCUACAACCUAAAACAUGAGGAGAGCUUUGGGUCUCCCGCUUUCUUGGAAGAGCUGGAUCGCAAUCCUUCGCUGGAGGUCAGACCAGGAGAGCCGUGCUUCCAAGUUCUAUUGAAAAUUAUAGCGAGCGGGUUGCGCUUCAUGUCCAAGAUAUACGAUAAGAAAAAGAUACGGAAUUCCGCUUGGCGACUACUACCCAACCAUGGUCGAGUUUAUCCCAAGGAGAUGCCCAUUCGGCAUGAAGACCUGGAUGCUCUACGGAAUCAUCACGAUCUUCUCUGCACUCUGUAUUACGCCGUUCCUGACGGAUGCCGCCCUCGACUCGAGGCGAUCAAAAACCUUGUGCAUCCCGCCAGCUCACACCGCGAGACGUGUGAUAUCAGCAUACGAUCAUGGGUCAGACUCAUUCGGUUCAAACUAUCGACUGACGAAGAUCCCUCAGGACUGGAUCCAUUUGCCGAUUGGCACAGUUAUUUUGUUACUGAGCUCCUGAAGCAACACUCCCUAGCUCGAAAAGAGAUUGAGGCGCAAGGUAAUGCAGACAGUCGGUUCUCCAAGCACCUAAUCGAAAGCACAAUAUCACAGAACCAGCGGCAAAUCGAGUCCUUAUUGAAGGUCGCCAUUGGUGGGUUGCAGAGUGCUGUACAGUUAGCGCCAACUUUGGACCAUGCGCGGACGGUUGUAUCCAAGUUGCCUAUCAAGGCGGUAAUGGGGCUCUUCAACUCUAGAGUUUCUCGUGUGAAUACUGUCGUUUCUGAGGCUCUACAGGUCGUCAUUACUUAUACCCAGAAAUGUGAUCCUCCUGCCCCAGUUCCGAUUUCAGCGCCAGCUCCAGCUCCAGUGUCUACAGAUGACGACAGCCAAGAAUACGGGGACUGGUCUGCGAUUGAAGCCGCCGCCUAUGGGGAUGAUGGAAAGGAGUUGAUGCCGAUAAACGAGGGGGUUGAGCACGUGGAAAAGGUAUUCCACCCUGCCGUAUCUCGUCUUGUAUCAAAUUGCUUCGGCGAAGACCACUCUCCGGAAGACAAGAUCCUUUUCGAUGUUGUAGACAGCUGGACCUCUGUUGCUCAAGUGCUUGUAAAUCACAAAUUGCGGCAUUGGGACAAUUUUCUCGGUCCUUAUGCUGGUGAUUCCUGGGCAUCGCUUCGGUAUACGAUGCAGACUAGGAAGUUCAUGCCUCAAUUCCUGGCGAGCUGUAUUCGGAAAGAUGCUGGUCUUCUUGCUCAAUGCAAAUCUCUGGUUCUGGGUAUGUGGAUAUCGACAUUGGUGGAGAGGACGUCGAUGUUGAAGUUCCAGCACCGUUUGACGGAAGCUUUGCUGAAUGAGCUCUCCAUGGACCCAUUGCUUGAGAACCUGCCGUUCUCCAGAGAUCGACUCGAUGGCUAUGCCAUUACACUGGAAGACUUCAGCCAACGGAGACUGUCACUCAUCUCAAGCCUCCUGUCCAACAUGCGCGAGCACCUCCAGAACUUGGAAGACACCAAGAGCCCAACGCUUUCCAUUACGAAGCAGGAGUAUAGGGAACUUAUCCAGAAACUCAUGUCAUCGAUGAAGGCCAACUACCAGGAGCUGGGCAACAGCGGACAAUCUGUGCAAGGUGCCUAUGUGGACUUUGUCCACCGCGUUGUCGGAUUCCUGCAGCAACACUCAAGAGAAAUCAGCCCUGUAGAUCCAUUCUUCACCGAUCCCACCUCGUUUCCUCUUCCAUCAACAGAUCCAUCGUACAUUGUCGCGAGACUGAAGAGCUACGAGCCAAAACUAUCCAUUGAGAAGGUAGCAAGAACAUUGAUCAUUUUCGUGCAGGGGGUUUCUGAACGAGCGGCCAUCGAUGGUCAGCAGGUGUAUCUUGUUAACCAAUUGCACGCAUCCAUGACAGAUACCUAUGAAUCUGGGACUUCUGUCCGACCGACGCUGCGGGGAGUCCUGCUCCAAUGCGUCUUCCCGGCCUAUCUUGAGAAUACGUUCAGCAAUUCGGCGGCGUGGAUUCUAAGUCUUCCCAUACUGCAAGCAAUCUCGCGCACGCUCAAGGACUUGCCGUUCAACAUGGAUACGACAGAUCCGAACUGCGUCUCGUCGGUGCUCAAUAUCAUCUGCUCCAUAUUGCAGUCGUCAUACCUUUCCCUGCGUUUCAUAGCAGAUAAUCCUGAAUCGCUCAAGCAAGCACCCGUCCUAAUCACAGCAACAUCCUUGAUCGAGACAAUCACAGCCACCUUACCUACAAUCGACUAUAUAGACCGCGUCACUAGCACGGCGGCCACAGCUAUCUCACAAGCUCGUGCUUUUCGUCCCUUCGCCCUCUUCGCGGUCCUUCACCUCCGCGGUCUUUCCUUCGACGACCUCAUAGAGGACUUCACCCGUUCAUCCAAUGCAUUCACGGAACGAACACACACGGACACGGCUACGGUCCCCCGCUUCUUCCACGAAACCCGCCACUCCGCAUCUCGUGAAUUACGAGCGUACAUCAAUGAGAGCUGGUCCAGACAUCAGGGCAAGUAUUUCUUUACGCGGCGGGGCGCGCACCAACCACAGGAAGUGGGGAUUGAUCCUUCAAUCAUGGUGAAGCUGGAGAAUUCACCGGCUGCGCUGUUUGAGGAUGCUGUUGAAGGACUACUGAGGGCGUUCAAGAAUCUUGAUGUUUUUGAUGAUAAAUAUGAUUAG